AUGGCGAACCGAGGCUACGAUGUCGUCGUCGACGUCGACACCGAGGGCGACCUAGGCCACACCGACCUCCAAGACGACGACCUAGAAUUCCACUCGUCAAACUUCGAGUCCACCUCGUCGAACCAACGCAAGAUCCAGCCUGACACACCCUUCCUGUCGACCAGCAGCGGCGGCGCCAACAACCAUCUCGGCGCGGCGCCCUCCUCAAGUUCGCCGCAGAAACACAUGCUCUGGUCCCUCUCAUUCUACGCGCAAUUCUUCGACGUCGACACCACGACCGUGCUUUCGCGCUGCCGGUCCGCAUGCCUCCCCUUCCUCCCCAACACGCCGCCCUUUCUCGACACCCUGGACGGCAACCCGGACCUGUACGGCCCCUUUUGGAUCGCCACGACGGUCGUGGUCAUUUUGUUUUUGACGGGCACGAUCAGCCACAAGCUCGCCACGGAAGGGCAGAAACACUUCGAGUAUGAUUUCUCCUUGCUCGGCGGCGCGGCGGGCUUGGUGUACGGGUACACGCUGUUCGUGCCGCUGGGAUUGUGGGCCGCGCUGCGGUGGUUCGGGGCGCAAUCGCUGGAACUGGUCGAGUGUUGGGCCCUAUACGGGUAUGGCAAUCUGUUCUGGAUCGCCGUGGCGCUGGUGUCGUGGUCGCCUUUGAAUGGGCUCAACUAUGCGAUUGUGGGCCUGGGGUAUGCGGUCAGCGUGUUCUUCCUCGUCAAGAACCUGUACCCGGUGAUCAGUGCCACGGAGAAGAAGAUCAGCCAGGUGCUUUUGGUGGCUGUCGUGGUGUUGCACGCUGGGUUCGCGAUUGCGAUCAAGGUGCUGUUUUUCAGUCAUAAGAGUCCCGCCAGGGAUGAUGGCGGUAUGGUCAGGUUAUUUUAA